AUGCCUGCAGACAGCCCCUUCCUGACCCCUGAAGCACUGCCCCCGUCGGUGGCACCCCGCCCCCAGGGCAGCCUGCCCCCGCUGCCCGCCCGCAGCCCACUGGGAGCUCCUGUCACAUCAGGAAGCAGCCAAAAUACACUGACCUGCUUUUCCAGCAGGGACGGCGCCUGCUUCUUCCACCCUCGAUGCUGCCUCCUGGCUGACCCUGCAGCCCUCUGCCUGCGGAAAGGCCCGGUGGACUCUUCUGCUCUGCUCUGGGCCUGUCAGCAACUGGGCGGCUUUGUGCAGGAAGGAGAUCAGGGUCUCAUGGUUUCCCCAGUGCGCAGAGCUGGGGCUGGCGGGAGCCAGCUAUUGGCAUGGUUGCUGUGGCUGCAGGCGUGGCAGGUGGCGACGCCAUGCCCAGGCGCCUGUGUGUGCUACAAUGAGCCAAAGGUGACGACCAGCUGCCCGCAGCAGGGCCUGCAGGCCUUGCCCACUGACAUCCCAGCCGCCAGCCAGCGCGUCUUCCUGCAUGGGAACCGAAUCGUGCACGUGCCGGCAGCUGGCUUCCACGCCUGCCGCAACCUCACCAUCCUGUGGCUGCACUCCAACGCCCUGGCCCGCAUUGACGCUGCCGCCUUCGCGGGCUUGACGCUCCUCGAGCAGCUGGAUCUCAGUGACAACGCACAGCUGCGCUUUGUGGACCCUGCCACGUUCCGAGGCCUGAGCCGCCUGCACACGCUGCACCUGGACCGCUGCGGCCUGCAGGAGCUGGGCCCGGGCCUGUUCCACGGCCUGGUGGCCCUGCAGUACCUCUACUUACAGGACAACGGGCUGCAGGCACUGCCCGACGACGCCUUCCGCGACCUGGGCAACCUCACACACCUCUUCCUCCAUGGCAACCGCAUCCCCAGCGUGCCCGAGCGCGCCUUCCGGGGCCUGCACAGCCUGGACCGCCUCCUGCUGCACCAGAACCGCGUGGCCCGCGUGCACCCGCACGCCUUCCGUGACCUUGGCCGCCUCAUGACACUCUAUCUGUUCGCCAACAAUCUCUCAGCGCUGCCUGCCGAGGCCCUGGCGCCCCUGCGUGCCCUGCAGUACCUGAGGCUCAACGACAACCCCUGGGUGUGUGACUGCCGGGCGCGCCCACUCUGGGCCUGGCUUCAGCAGUUCCGAGGCUCCUCGUCCGAGCUCCUCUGCAGCCUGCCCCCGCGUCUGGCCAGCCGUGACCUCAAACGUCUGGCUGCCGCUGACCUGGAGGGCUGUGCCGUGGCCACCAGGCCCUCCCGUCCCAUCCGGACCGGCGGGCCCACCGACGAGGAGCUGCCAGGCCUACCGAAGUGCUGCCAGCCAGACGCGGUGGACAAAGCCUCAGUGCUGGGGCCCGGGAGCCCGGCGUCGGCAGGCAACGCACUCAAGGGGCGCGCGCCUCCUGGCGACAGCCCCCCAGGCAACGGCUCCAGUCCGCGGCACAGCAAUGACUCCCCUUUUGGGACUCUGCCCAGCUCAGCCGAGCCCCCACUUCCCGGGCUGCAGCCUGAGGGCUCCGAGCUUCCAGGACCUCCCCCAACAGGCCCGCGCCGGAGGCCAGGCUGUUCUCGAAAGAACCGAACCCGCAGCCAUUGCCGUAUGGGCCAGGCAGGCGGUGGGGGUGGUGGGGGUGGUGACACGGAGGGCUCGGGCGCCCUGCCCGGCCUCGCCUGCAGCCUCGCCCCCCUGGGCCUGGUGCUAGCACUGUGGACAGUGAUCGGGCCCUGCUGA